UUAUAUAUACCCUCUUAUCUGAUGAUGAACUCCAUUCAUCCAUCAUUAUCUCUUUGAAGCUCUGAAGCUUUGAAGUUUAUCCACAACAUACGAGCAGAGGCACACAGACCAUACUUAAUAUAGAAUUAAAAAUCAUAAUUCUCUUUAAAACAUUUCAAGUGAUACUUGAAUAAUUGUUCAUCUCCUUCGAAUCCUACGAUUUUCGCUAAUCUCCUUUUCGUAACGAGUGACACUGAAAAUUGAAAUCCAUCUGAUCGAAUGACCUGAAUUUAUUAAAAACUACAGUUUCAGAUAUUACGUGGAAAAAGUUUUAGCUGAAGCUCUUGUGUCUUUUUAUCACUCAAUCGCUAACUAACGAUAUACUGGUCGUCUUCACCUUUGCCGAGCUGUAGGUAGGCGAUAAGAGAAGAGAACAGAUAAGCGUUAGAGCUCAUCUAUACUGUAUUUGUUGAGAGAAAACCAAGUUCAGACAAUGUCAUCGAGUGUGUUCACUGGAAUUGAUUUGGGACCACCCAUCGAAGUUUUUGCACUUACUAAAGCUUUUCAAGAUGAUACUUACGGUCAAAAAGUCAAUUUGGCCGUAGGAGCCUACAGAACAAACGAAGGCAAACCAUGGGUACUUCCAGUGGUCCGCAAAGUGGAAUCUGCUUUGGCAGCAGAUGAAACUUUGAAUCAUGAGUAUCUUCCUGUAUUAGGACUCGAGAGCUUCAGUCGAGCAGCUACGUCUAUGCUCUUGGGAAAGGAUUCUCCGGCUAUUUCUCAAGGCCGAGCCAUUGGAAUACAAACAUUGUCGGGCACAGGAGCACUUAGAGUGGCAGCCGAGUUCUUAGCGCGUAUUUUGCAUUUUGAUACAUUCUACUACAGCACACCGACAUGGGAAAAUCACAGAUUAGUAUUCUUAAAUGGAGGAUUUAAGAAAAAUUGUGAAUAUCGUUAUUGGGAUGCAAAAGCUCGUGGAAUCGAUUUUGAUGGCAUGAUAGAAGAUUUAAUGAAUGCUCCAAAGAAUUCUGUGAUUAUCCUUCAUGCAUGUGCACACAAUCCUACUGGCUGUGACCCUACUCAUGAACAGUGGCAGAAAAUAGCUGAUGUGAUUCAAGACAAACAAUUAUUUCCUAUUUUCGAUAGUGCAUAUCAAGGUUUUGCUAGUGGAGACCUAGAACAAGAUGCUUGGGCUGUGAGAUUAUUUGUCGAACGAGGUAUUGAAUUGAUUUGUACUCAAAGUUUUGCCAAGAAUUUUGGGUUGUACAAUGAAAGAGUUGGAAAUCUUAUCUUGGUUACUAACAGUACAAAUGGAAUCCCUGAAAUCAAGUCUCAAUUAACUCUCAUCGUGCGAGGAAUGUACAGCAAUCCACCAAAUCACGGAGCUAGAGUAGUUUCAUCGGUUUUGAACAAUCCUGAACUCUAUGAGCAAUGGACGGACCACAUACAUUCAAUGUCUGGACGAAUAAAAGAAAUGAGAAACCGGCUGCACGAAAAACUAUUAAGUUUAAAAACACCCGGAUCCUGGGAACACAUAAUCAAUCAAAUCGGCAUGUUUUCGUAUACCGGCCUUUCAGAAAAACAAGUGGAAUAUUUAAUAAAAACUUAUCAUAUCUACCUACUCCGAAGUGGACGCAUCAACAUGUGCGGUCUUAAUGAUAAGAAUUUAGAUUACGUAGCUGAUGCUAUCCAUGAUGCUGUAACCAAGUCGUUCUAACUUGAUAAUGUACUUGAAAAUUUAGACAUUGAAAAAGUACAAAUUUACGUUAUAAAUGUCGAUGGUAGAUGAGACCAUUGUUUCUCAUGUGAAUGUGUUAUACAAUUAUGCAUGUAUAUACUAAUACAAAAUACAUAUAAAUUAAUUUGCAUGUGUUUAUGUGCAAAUCAAUUAUUUAAGAAUCACUCUGAUGGUACAGAGGUGUUACUGAAACAAGAGCAAUAAUAAUAAAUUAAUUGAAUGCAAAUCUA